UUAUCCAAAAGCCUCCCUCCUAAAGACAGACACUUUUUUCUCAUCUGUUUGCUGGGUUUUCAUCUUCAUAGAUAGACUCACUCGAAAAUGUCAGCUUGUUAUCUUCUCAAAAUCAACUUGCAGAAGAUCAAUUACUCAUUCCAAUGCAAACCCACAAAACCUAAUUUCCUCAUCAGUUAUCCCUUCUCAACCAAACUUCAUCAGUUUCACCAUUCCUCUUCAUUAUUCCUCCAACCCCUGUCGUCCAGAACAAAACUCAGCUAUAACUUUCAUGUCCACUCUUCUAUCUCCACUCCAUCUCCUCCUCUUUCAAAAGACGAAGCCAUCGUUCAAGCCAAAACCUGCCUCUCCGCCGCACUCGAGAAGCCUCUUAACAAUCCCAAACUUCCCGGAAAACUGAAGAAGCUGAAACAGCCAAGGCUCAGAGUCGAAAUCCCAAUCGUCGACGAUUCACCCUCUUCUCUCUCGAAUCUCGCUUUCCAGGUAUUUGGGGACAUACCCAUCAAAAGAAAAGGCUCAGCAGUCAAGGUUCUGAUAAUUUGGUCGAAUCCCAUAUUAGCGGAAGCUGCAUCAAAGAAAUUCGACAAUCUCUCCUCGAACUUGGCUGUCGAGAAUCGUGAUCUGCCAUCAGUCAGCAACAACGGCGAUUCCAGAGCUUUGAAUUCCUCCGAUGUGGUGGUUUUCAUGUUGCCGGAAACUUCUGAAUUGGGACUUGUGAAGAUAGUAACCGAGAGAGCUUAUCCAAAGGCAACCGUGAUUUUCAACCCUAAAUGGGGAUUUGAGGAAGAGGGAGAUUUGAAAGAAGAGAAAGGAUUCGUGGGAUCAUUUGAGGUUGUUUAUUCGUUCAUGGGUCUGGAGGUGAGAGGGUUAUUAAGUAAGAGGAAAGGGGUGGUAUUUAAGUGCGCCAGAGAUGGAAUUAUCAGUGGAGAGAGAUGGAACAUUCUAAUGGAAGAAGAAGGAGGAGGUGGAGGAAUGGAAGUGGUGUCGCAGUUGAAGACGCGGCCGUCGAUCGCCGAGGUGGAGAACGUUCUGUACAAUGUAAUGGCGAUCAAUUCGCCGAUCACAAAAUCGGCUAAGUUCUUGAAGGAUAUGCUGUCAAAUGUAACAGGUAAGAAGUAAAAAGAAAAGCAUGCUGGAUUUUGGGCUAUAAAUUGGGGGUAUGUUAUAAUAGUUAUAUUAAAAUGGACUUUUCAACUAGAUUGUUUGUCCUAAUUAAUUGAUUUAGGGCCGAGUCUUUUAAUUAAAGAUGAUCGAAUUUGAAUUGUA